AUGCCGUGCUGGUACUACGACAAAAAAGAACUGAGACACACUCCAUCAAUCCAAGACUCUAUAGACUACGAAACAGAAUGCAGGUACAGAAAAGAAGGCGCCAGAUUUAUAAUAGACACUGGCUCGAAAAUGGAUUUAGGUUAUAACACUAUGGCAACUGGAGUUGUUUAUUUUCACCGUUUUUACAUGUUUCACUCGUUUAAACAGUUUCCUAGAUACGUCACUGCUUGUUGCUGCUUAUUUUUGGCGGGGAAAGUCGAGGAAACUCCUAAAAAAUGCAAGGAUAUUAUUAAGACAGCUAAAACUUUGUUAACUGAUCAAAAAUUUGCGACAUUUGGAGAAGAUCCGAAGGAAGAAGUAAUGACACUUGAAAGAAUUUUAUUGCAAACAAUAAAAUUCGAUUUACAAGUUGAACAUCCCUAUAGUUAUUUAUUAAAAUACGCUAAAUGUUUAAAAGGAGACAAAGGCAAAUUACAAAAAAUGGUACAAAUGGCUUGGACAUUCGUAAAUGAUAGUUUGUGUACUACAUUGUCAUUACAAUGGGAGCCAGAAAUAAUAGCAGUAGCGCUAAUGUAUUUAGCUGGAAAAUUAAGUAAAUUUGAAGUCGUUGAUUGGAACGGCAGACAACCUAAACACUUGAGGUGGUGGGAUAUGUUUGUCGAAGAUGUUACAAUGGAUUUAUUAGAAGAUAUCUGUCAUCAAGUAUUAGAUUUAUAUUCACAGGCUAAUAACGCAAAGCCUCCAGAUUCACCACCAAUGACACCAUCAAAUCAUACUACCACUGAAGUAAUAACAACACCUGCGUCUAUUGAAUCAGCAUCCAAUACUCCAAACACAGGAACGCCAAUAAAAAUCCAAAAAAUAGAAACAACACCAGUUUCAUCAAACGGCUGCCCACCACUGGAGCCUCCAGUCCUUCAACCAGAAGCCGUGGUGAAACCUAUUGAAAUUCCACCCCCGCACUAUAGUGCGUACCCGCCGAAUUUUGCACCAGCACCCGCGCCAUAUCCUGGAGUGUUUCCUCCAACAAAUAUCUCGGUGCCGCCACCCUCGGUGAAUCCAAUGAACCAUUUAGUGCCAGCAAUGCGGCUGGCUCCUCCGAUCCGUCCGGCUCAGCCGCCUCCCACUCCAGCUCCGCCGUUUCAAUCUUACGGCUACCCUACGAACGCCACCUACUUUCCACCGGGGAAUCCCGUUCCUGGAAAUCCUUCUCGUCCUUACUAUCCACCUCCCUCAUAA